UCUCUCUCUCUCUCUCUCCCCCCCCCACACACACUCCGGUUUACUAAAGGUGACCGCGCUCACUGCUCAUUACUUAACGUCUUCAGAUUGAGCGGUAUCGGGAAGACGAGCUUGCCGCAGAUCUGCCCCGGUGCUCCGGACACACUGCUGUGUCUGCUGGAAAGAAAAAAAUCUGACAGGGCUGCCGGAGGGGUGUGUGUAGUGUGUAGUGUGUAGUGUGUGUGUGUGUGUGAGUGCGCGCGCGUGUGUGUGUGCGCGCGUGUAUGUGUGUAGGCUAUAUGUGUGUGUGUUGACAUCUAGAGUGCCGGGAGAAUGUAUGCGCCGCUUCAUGCGCCAAACCUCCACUCUUCAUCUAAAGUCUCGACACCUUACAGGCGGCUUUUCUUUUUUUUUCUUCUUCAUCAUCAUUCAGCGUUUUGGUCAAAUUUUUGCCUCACCUUGCCGACUGACGCUUGAAUGUUGAUACAGCGACGCGCAUGCGUCGCUCUCGGAAUAAUUUGUGCAGCCUAAGUUUGCAUCCCUGAGAUCUUGUGGUCAAAAGUCGUCGGCGGGAUCCGAGUUCAGUGAUGUGGACUACUCUGGACCGCGGAUACUGGGGAGUCUCGUGCUUGUCCUUGCUGGCGAGUGUGGUCUGCGGGGCGCAAAGCGCUAACGAGCCUAGCAACAUGUCCUAUGUGAAAGCCACCGUGGACAAGCUGCUGAAGGGCUAUGACAUCCGUCUGCGGCCUGAUUUUGGAGGCGCCCCUGUGGAUGUAGGCAUGAGCAUAGACAUCGCCAGCAUUGACAUGGUGUCUGAAGUCAACAUGGACUACACCAUCACCAUGUACUUCCAGCAGUCCUGGAGAGACAAGCGCCUCUCCUACACAGGCAUUCCUCUCAAUCUCACCCUGGACAACCGGGUGGCAGACUCGCUGUGGGUCCCUGACACCUACUUCAUUAAUGACAAGAAGUCCUUCGUACAUGGGGUGACGGUGAAGAACCGGAUGAUCAGACUGCAUCCUGAUGGAACUGUGCUCUACGGUCUCAGGAUCACCACGACAGCUGCCUGCAUGAUGGACCUGCGCAGAUACCCACUGGAUGAGCAGAACUGCACCUUGGAGAUUGAGAGCUAUGGAUACACCACUGACGACAUUGAAUUCUACUGGCAGGGAGGCAGCAGCGCAGGCUCAGUUACUGGGGUGGAGAACAUCGAACUGCCCCAGUUCGACAUCAUAGACUACCAAACGCUCUCCAAGAAAGCUGUGUUUGCCACAGGCUCAUAUCCACGUCUGUCCCUGAGCUUUAAGUUGAAGAGGAACAUUGGCUAUUUCAUCCUGCAAACCUACAUGCCCUCCACCCUGAUCACCAUCCUGUCCUGGGUCUCCUUCUGGAUCAACUAUGAUGCCUCGGCUGCUAGAGUAGCCUUAGGUAUAACUACGGUGCUGACCAUGACCACCAUCAAUACCCACCUUAGGGAGACUCUACCCAAGAUCCCCUACGUCAAGGCCAUUGACAUUUACCUUAUGGGUUGCUUUGUCUUUGUCUUUCUGGCCUUGCUGGAGUACGCCUUUGUCAACUACAUCUUCUUCGGUCGAGGUCCUCACCUGCAGAAGAAAGUGGCAGAAAAGGCUGCCAAGUCCAACAACGAGAAUAAGAGCAGACUGGAGAGCAACAAAGUGCAGGUUGAUGCCCACGGCAACAUCCUCCUGACCAACCUCACCAGCGAGAUGAGCGGGGCAGACAUGAUGGGCGUUCUCAACGACCCUCGGGCCACCAUGUUCUCUUACGACAGCGCCAGCAUACAGUACCGCAAGCCCAUGGCCAGCCGAGACCUGUACGGACGACCGGCCAUCGACCGGCCAAUGGGCCACAAGAAGGGUCGCUUGCGGAGGAGGGCCUCGCAGCUCAAAGUCAAGAUCCCCGACCUCACGGAUGUCAACGCCAUAGACAAGUGGUCCCGUGUCAUCUUCCCAAUUGCAUUCACCUUCUUCAACUUGGUCUACUGGCUUUACUAUGUCAAUUAGGGUGGUGGCGGCGGCGGCGAGCCUGUGCAGAAGCACCAAUGAUAGUGGUUUGAUAGAAAAUCUACCUAGGUCUUGUACAGCAAUGAAAAUGAAGAAGCGUUCAGUCCAUUUGUACAAAUCCUGUUUUGGAAUGAGUAGUACUGGAUGUCUUUACAAUGUACAUACAAUUUAAUAUAUAAUAUAUAUAUAUAUAUAUAUAUAACAGAGGUAUAAUUUAUUAAAAAUCCUAUCACUUUUGCUGUACUCAUCCAUACAAAAUAGAUAGAUACAAAUAAUGGAAUUUAAGACACAGUAUAGGUAUGUUAUUUCUAAGUUCAAACUUGCCAAAAAGACUUUGGUGACUCCGAAGAUACAGGCAAUGAUCUUUCCUCUGUUCUAUCUCUUUUUCUUACCUUCUGUUAUCUCACUUUUUGCAUGUGAAUGGAACACAACCUUUUGUUUGCUUAAGGUAAAAAAAAAACUAAAAAAACAAGACAAAAGCAAUCCCAGUGCAAAACGUGUACAGGAGGUACCUAAAACCUUUUACAUGAUCUUGUGACUGAAGCUAAUCCAACUAAUUAACAGAAGGUGUCUGGUUGAAUUCUAUGGAGCCCCUAAAGGGACAUGAGGAAUUAAAAAAAAUGUCUUGCUUCUCAUGAGCACAAGAUACUUUCUGGUGUGCACACGGAUAAUUUUCCUGUGAGCACGCAAAAGUAACUCGUGCUCCUGAGAAACCAAUCUUAGGCUAGCAAAGUGAUGCUAACGAAGCACUGCUAACGUUACGUGGCUAAAGUUAUUUCACAAUUUCACAUUUGCGGCAUGAAAUCGGUUAACAGCAACCUUAUCAUCUUUAAGUUUGUGGAUGACGCUAUUAGGUACAUUUGGUUGCGUUUUCAGGAAGAUGAAUACCUCCUCCUCGGCAGUAGGAUUGGGCAUCGAGAACCGGUUCCAACUUGGAAUCGUUUGGAAAAAUUGGUUUCGAAUCCGAUCAUCGGUUCCAAAUUUAACAUGCGCAAGUUUUGGUGUCUGUAGCGGCGACUGUACUUCCAGGCGCUUGUUGUGUUGCAGCCAUGGAGCGCAGUAAGCGGCAUUGAAAAAGCUCGGUAAAACAAUCAAAAUAAAAUUUUCCUCUUAUCCUCUUAUUUGUGAAAUAAGCAUGUGACCCGUUUCAACUCCACCCCUCAAAGAAUCAGUAAUCCACAAUCGAUAAGAACUGGAAUCGAAAGAAAGAAUCGGAAUUGGAAUCAGAAUUGUUAAAAUCAAAACGAUGCCCAACCAUACUCGGCAGCCACUGUGACUGGUAUUCAGAUUGGUUUCUCAUGAGCACGCGAAUGUAUCUCGUGCUCACGAGAAACCGAUAUGAAAACCAGUUAGAAUAGUUGUAGUAGUAGUUGUAGUACUAGUAGUAAAGAAAAGCAUCUCAUGCUUAGGAGAAAGUUUCUUGAGCGCACCAGAAGAAAAAUAUUCCCCAUGCAUGUCCCUUUAGGGGCUCCGUAGCAUUCCAUCGUGGUAAGUUAGUCCUUAUAGUGCGUUCCAUUUGUACUCCGAGGUCUGUUUUUCCUAGGUCAAAGUCGGAAACACGUCCCCCCUGACCUCGGAUUUCUGAACUCGGACAACCUCCGAGUACCCCGAGCUCAAAAUCCAACAUGGAUGCCCUGUGCAUCAACAGUUGUGAAAGCUUUAGUAACAUACAGUUAAUAGCACUUCUGUCAUAUUUGUGUCUCACUAAAUCAGUCCUGUACAACUUCUAUCUGUGGACAUGUUACGUACGUUUGUAUGCACAAAUAACAGCGUAAUGCGCUGUUAUUAACUGGUAUUGCUAACAAUGGCUAACAAUGGCUAGUAAAUGGAACGCGUUCAACUCGGGUGUGACGUCAUUCCCAGCUCCGGUUUCCGAGUUCCGAGGUAAAUGGAACGCACCAUUAUUUGGUUUGGUUAUAAGUUCAGUGCUUUGACUGAGCUCAUUUUUGUGGAGUUGGGUUGAAAUCCUUCUCCGACAGCCAUCUGUGAGCUAACAAACAUGUCAGAUUGCUUUUCGUGAAUGACAUGUUUUUGGACAAGUUUCUUUUACAUUUCUGUAAGAAAACCAAAAAAAGCUUUGCAUGGUUCUACUGAGCCACUCUGUAUUAUAAUCAUUAUACUGUAUGCUUUUGAACAAUCAUUGCAUUUAAGGUAAGUACAGGACAGAUGUUAAUUGGAACUCCACUAAUUUCCUAAAAAAAGUAGUCAAAUUUGUACCUACAAUAUUCUCACAGCGUCUGUGAGCAUGUACAAUGUAAUUUUCUUUAAAAGAAAUCAGGUAAAGAAUGACCAAUGAUGUCACCAUGCUUUCAAAAUCACAUUCAAACACUUCAAGCUCUGAUAAAACUCGCUGCUGGUGUUGAAACA